CCCUUUUAUCAUCUCCAUCAAGUCUUCCCUCUUUUUCCUCUGUUCGCUCUCUCUCUUCCCCCCAAAACCCUCCACCAAAAUCUCUGCUCUUUUGUUUUCGGGUUUCGACCUCGAAUUUUUCUCUAAAUGGAAAAUACUGCGCUCUUGUCCUCCAAAUUCCCAGUCCUCGCCGGCUCACACGGUCCCUCUCUAAUCCUUGGCCGGCGAUGGCCGGCUUAUCCUACUCUCCGACGAGUUGGAGGCGGGAGAAGGCAGAGAUUUAUCGCCUCUUCAAGAACUUCCCAAAAUGAUACAUACAAAUUUGCAAGAAUUUCAUCUUCAAAAAUCAGUGAGAUGUCUACAGCUAGCGGUACGCCACCACUUCCUGUGCCACCCCCACCAUCAUACAUAGGCUCACCUCUUUUCUGGAUAGGAGUUGGAGUUGGGAUCUCGGCACUGUUCUCUAUGGUCGCAACAAAAGUAAAGCAAUAUGCAAUGCAGCAAGCUUUCAAGACAAUGAUGGGUCAAGCAGCACCACAAAAUAGUCAAUUCAGUAAUGCUGCCUUUCCCCAAGGAUCACCCUUCCCAUUCCCCCCUACAUCAGCAUCAGUUUCAAGUACUCCAUCACCAUCAUUCUCAAAUAUUCCAUCAGUGACACAUGUUGCUUCACAACCAGCUGUUACAGUAGACGUCUCUACAACUAAAGUGGAAGCAACUCCACCUGCUGAAGUCAAAGAUGAGCCAGCUACCCAAAAGGAAGAGAAGAAAUAUGCUUUUAUAGAUGUUUCUCCAGAAGAAGACACGCGGAAGGAUUCAGGAUAUUCAGUAAACACCAGUACGUCAAGCAAUGUUAAUUCUGAAAAAGAAGCUACACCAAACGGAGUGUCUGCUGCACAGGAAUCACAUUCUUCUACUGAUCAAUCACAAUCUGGUAAAACACCCUCUGUUCUAUCAGUUGAAGCAUUGGAGAAAAUGAUGGAAGAUCCAACUGUGCAGAAGAUGGUUUAUCCGCAUUUACCUGAGGAGAUGAGGAACCCCACUACUUUUAAGUGGAUGAUACAAAACCCCGAAUAUCGCCAACAGCUGCAAGACAUGCUAAACAAUAUGGGGGGAAAUGGUGAAUGGGACAGUCGCAUGAUGGAUUCUUUGAAAAACUUUGAUCUGAGCAGUCCUGAGGUCAAGCAGCAAUUUGACCAGAUCGGGCUUACUCCAGAAGAAGUUAUAUCUAAAAUUAUGGCUAAUCCUGAUGUUGCUAUGGCAUUUCAAAAUCCAAAAGUGCAAGCCGCAAUCAUGGAAUGCUCACAAAAUCCCCUAAGUAUCACAAAAUAUCAGAAUGAUAAGGAGGUUAUGGAUGUGUUCACCAAGAUAUCAGAGCUCUUUCCAGGAAUGAUGGGUUAGUGACUUGUUACGGUGAAAUACCAACAAUUUUGAAGUUUCAGUGUGGUCAAUUUAUGUGACAAGCAGCUAAAGGUUCUUACUUCGUUACUCCUCUCUUUACUGAAAUUUAUUGUAAUGUAUGUCAUCAAGACUUUCAAAUCUUCUCUUGCAACGGGUUUGGGUUACGGGGUUUUAUUUACCCCCUUCACUGUUAGUAAAAGUGUAAAUGUUUAUCAAAAUGCAUCAUAUCCGUGUACUGAGUUCGAUUAUCUUCAAAGCAGUGUCCCAGAAGCCACUAGUAUCAGGAGUUUUAGACAGGGAUAUCAUAACGAGACAAUUAAGAGUUGUGCUACUAUUGUACAACAAGACACAAAAAUGUGGAGUUUUUUUUUUCAAAAUUGCAAUAAGAAAUUAUGAAUUUGUUAGCAUA